AUGAGACUAUGUUACUUCAAUUGAAUAUAACAGCUGUAAAUUGAGAUAAAUUUGUCAUUCAACGAUACCGUUGAAAACUACUGACAAUAACUGAAACCUUACAUGCCUAAUAUGUGCUUUGAAUCGAACAAAUAAUUGCAUAAAUCAUAAAUCUUUCGGUGUGAGUCCGGGAUUCUCAACAUCAUGAUAUUGGAAACAGAGGAGAGGCCUCUCUUCCCGGUCCGUGCCUUUCCUACUAGUAGCUCGAUUUCUGGCUUCCGAAGCGCACUCUGUGAACGGAUCGUGAAAGUUUGUUGCAUUCACACAGUUAUUGUUCAUUUUUGUGUAAGAUGGAGGAGAAAAACAGCUCUGGAAAUACUGCAGCAGUGGAAAAUGCGGGGACAAACCCGUCGCCUGCGAAAAAGUCUGCAAAAUCAAAGAUAAAAUCGCAACGUUCUAAAUCGUCCCAUCCACCAACUGCGGAGAUGGUGAAUGCUGCUAUCAAGGCAUUGCAAGAUCGCAAGGGAUCGUCACUUCAAGCUAUCAAGAAAUACGUAGCAACGACGUAUAAGGUUGAUGGUGAAAAAAUGGCGCCAUUUAUUAAGAAGUACUUGAAAGCUGCCGUAACUACCGGUGCGGUGGUGCAAACCAAGGGAAAAGGUGCCUCUGGCUCGUUCAAGCUGUCCGUAUCUUCGAAAAGUCCCGAAUCGAAGAGCAAAUCCAAACGUUCUGUGAAAAAGACCGUACCUGCAGUAGCUGAGAAGAAAGCUGCGGAGAAGAAGCCAGCGAGUCCUAAGAAAGCGGCUGCCCCGAAGAAAGCACCCGCUGUGAAGAAACCAGCCGCGGCAGCUAAGAAACAGCCUCCUUCUCCGAAGAAAGCUAAAACUGCUGCUGUAAAGAAAGCAGAAUCUCCGAAGCAAAAGACAUCACCACCACCACCGAAAAAUUUAUCGAAGACUAAGAAAGCCACAAAGGCACCAGCAGCAAAGACGAAAACUCCAAAACCAAAAACAGCAAAGUCUCCAAAAGUCGCAAGAGCAGCGGCGAAAAAGUAGGUUAUUGUCUAUUAUGAGCCUUGUGGGCUUGGGAAACCCGCUCUGCCGUUCCGAAGCUUUCGCCUAUACCGGCGGUGUUAAAGGGCGCAUAGCGCUUGGUUUAUCUACCACCCAACUUCACCUCCUUACCAAGGGGUGACGGGCCGGAGCAAUCCCGCUCAUGGCGAACCAAUCAUCGCACGGGGAGAAGACACAACACCAAACUCUUCGUCGGCGUGUAAGGAGUUUUGCUCUAGGACGCGUCUACUUUAUCAAACUUACCUGCGUGGUCUCAGCUCAUCCCACCAGGCGCUUCACGUCCACAGCCAGAGCCCCGUUUGCCACCGGUAAACCGGUGCCCGGGCCACACCGCGAGGAGGAGGGGUUGGCACAUGUCACCGCCGGGGCUGGCUGCAAGGCCCCAACGGCAUCUUUGUGGCCCUUACUGACAGGUAGACGCUAAAAUUGAACAUUUAAUAUAUUGUCUACUUUUUAUACCACAAUUUUUAUAAUACAAACUGAGCUAUGAGUCAAUUUCAUCGCCAUUUUGCAUGCCAAUUGUAAAUAAUGAAUUAAAAUUAUUUCCUUACCUAUUAA